UGAUGAAUUUCUUUGGAAUUUUCUUUUAUGAAGAUGGGUCAUCCGUUAAUCCUGCAAGUAUCUACACAAAGACUUGUGUUGAAAAAAAUGGUAAUGCAUUCACGCAUUCUAAUACCGAUCUUAACUUUGAGCACGAUAGAGAAACAAAUAUAAAGUACUGUGGAAAACCAAAAUGUCGAUUCCUCUUUGCAUAUUAUCAACCAGAACAGGAAACAAAGGCAAACAUGCAUUAUCGAUCAUUUAUUAGUCUGGCACAUGCACUCAAUCGUACAAUGGUUUUAACAAAUGUCGGAAGCUCUCGUAUUAACUCUUGCCAAAACCUCUCAUUCGAUGCUUACUAUGAUUCCAAAGAGCUUAGAAAUACAUUCCCCGAAGUUCACUUCAUUUCACAGAACGAUUUUCAAAAUUGGCUAAAAGAACGUGUCAUAAAACCAAACACAGAACAUGCUUACAUAUUACCCGGACAAAAAAAUUUUAGCGUUGAAUCGAUCAAGCCUUACCCUGACAUACUCAAAAAGAAAAAUUGUCUUAGUCGGUUCGAUUUUCGUCUUGACGACACCACCACUUUUAAGCAAUUCUAUACUGAAUCAAAAUUUUAUUCCAAUAUCAAAAAACAUACCGCGUUUGCAAACUUCUUAGUCGAUAAUCUUAGAUCAGACGUCGAGGUUUUGUUAACAUCUCAUUUCGUUUUCCAUCCAUUAUUUCCCAAAGACACUCCACCGAUACCUUAUGCGCCUUACAUAUCUGAUGAAGCUGCAAAAAUUACAAAUAAGAUUAAGCCUUACAUCGCCAUCCAUUGGCGUAUGGAACGUGCCAAAAUUGAUUUAUUACAAGAGUGUGCACAAUCUCUCGUGGAAGCUGUUAACUCUUUGAAAGAGACUCACGGAAUUCAAAAUGUUUAUCUUGCUACUGAUUAUCCAACCGGAGGUGGAAAAACUCAAUCCUCAACUUUCCACAAGCUGACUGGAAAUCAUCACAAAGCAAUGGAAAUUGUAAACUCGGAAUUAAAUGUUUACACAUGGGUAUCAAUGGAUAUAUUCUCGAAUAUUAAAAAGGACGAAUCAAUGGAAAAAGAAUUCCUAGGAGCUGGCAUCUCGGGCAUUGUAGAUAAACUAGUGUGCAUAAAUUCCGACUAUUUUCUCGCAACACCAAAGGGAUGUGGAAGAGAGAAGAGUACUUAUACUACAAUGGUUAUAGAUUCAAGGAAUAAUUCGAUUUUAGCAGGAGACAAGCCGGAACUCAAAAACAUUGUUAUGCGAUGGCCUUUAAGAUCGUCAUCCUAA